AACGCGCUUCUGCCCGCAGGCUUCCGGCAGAAAGACCAGACUGCUAAAAAGGCUUCGGGUCCCUUUGACAGGGAACGGCUCCUCGCGUAUUUGGAGAAGCAGGCUCUUGAGCACAAGGACAGGGAAGACUAUGUGCCUUUUACCAGAGAAAAGAAAGGGAAAAUAUUUAUCCCCAAGCAAAAGCCUGUACAGUCUUAUACAGAAGAAAAAUUCUCUCUGGAUCCAGAACUGGAGGAAGCCUUGACCAGUGCCACAGACACAGAACUAGGUGACCUUGCAGCUAUACUGGGAAUGUCCAACUUGAUAACAAACAAUCAGUUCUGUGAUGUAGUAGGAAGCAGUAAUGGGAUUGACAAAGACAGCUUCUCCAAUAUAGUCAAAGGGGAAAAAAUGCUGCCUGUUUUUGAUGAACCACCAAAUCCCACAAAUGUGGAGGAGACUCUGCAAAGGAUUAAAGAUAACGAUUCUCGUCUUGUUGAAGUGAAUCUAAACAACAUUAAGAACAUACCAAUUCCAACGCUGAAAGAAUUUGCAAAAGCCUUAGAAACCAACACGCAUGUGAAGAAUUUCAGCCUUGCAGCCACCCGAAGCAACGACCCCGUUGCUGUUGCUCUUGCAGAUAUGCUGAGAGUAAACACAAAACUAAAAAGCUUAAACAUAGAAUCAAACUUCAUCACUGGAGUUGGAAUUUUGGCCCUGGUUGAUGCACUGAAAGACAACGAAACAUUGACAGAGAUCAAAAUUGAUAAUCAGAGGCAGCAGCUGGGCACAGUUGCAGAAGUAGAAAUUGCCAAGAUGCUUGAAGAAAACACCAAGAUCCUCAAAUUUGGAUACCAUUUCACACAACAGGGACCUCGAGCCAGGGCAGCUGCAGCUAUCACAAAAAACAAUGAUUUGGUUCGCAAGAGAAGGGUUGAAGGAGACAACUAGGACAUCUUGUCAAGGUUGUGUGGAGAUUUCGAGGAUCAUCAAGGCUCGUUACCUUGGGCUUUGGCAAUUUCGGACUGCAUUUACCUGGGUUAGAAGGGAAAAGACUGGAAACUCCAUUCCUUUUAAAGCAAAGCUAUAGUAAUAAUCUGCUGGCACGCAUCACGUUUUUUCAGAUUGAGACACAGUAGCUGCAGCAGUCUCUGUACCAUCGUUUUUGAUUAUUUUUGUAAGAACUUUUUUGUAUUUCGAGACUUCGGCUGUGCUUUCUACAAAAAAAUGUAAUUGCAAAUCAAUGGUGUAAUUGUCUGCAGUCAAAGAAUGGGACAUUCAAGAUCAUUGGGCAGAUAAUGGCCCAACUGAAAUGUUUGUUAGAAAAUCUGGGGU